AAAUAUUUGCCUUUUUGUUACACGCUCAUCAUUUGUUAAUCUGGCGCGAAAUAUAUAUAUUUGCUGUUAACGUUUUGUAAAUAAAUAUUUUAAAGAAUUAUUUGGAGUUCGUCAUGAAUUUUUUAGUUUUGCUGUUUACUAUUUUAGGACAAAGCCUAAGGAUUCAAGCACAAACUUUCUCCUGUGUUCUACCAUCUUUAUGCCAGGAUGGUAGCAUAAUAGAUCCUAGAAUUCUUGCUGUAGGAUCAAGUGCCGCUGGGCCGCCAGCUACUGGAGCUGGUGGACCUCCAGGUGUAGGCGCUUUAGGACCGCCUUCAUCUGGCAUGGCAGCUUCACCAGGAACUGGCGCUCUAGGCCCACCUUCUAAUAAUCCAGGAAACCCUCCGAGCGCGGGAGGUAUGGGACCACCUCCUUCCGGAGGGGGUAGUCCCUCUGGAGCUGGAAUAAAUGCGCCUCCUUCGGGAGGUGGCAAUCCAGGUGUUCCUAAUGUAAGUAUAGUUUCCCCAGCCAGUUGCUCCAGUCCAUAUAUUAGAUGCCAAAAUGUCACGUGUGGAACUCCUUCAGUACAGCCCAGUACUCAGGAUGGAUUUGCAACCCAAAAUGCUUUUCCAUGGCAGGCAUUUCUUAGAAACAACAAUAAUUUAAACUCUAAAAAUGGAUAUGCCGGUGGAGGCGUAUUGCUAGACCAAUAUCAUGUCUUAACAGCUGCACACAAAAUUUCGAAUUUAUCAAGCGUAAGUGUGCUAAUGGGUGUCUAUAGUACUUCAAAUUUAGCUAAUGUACAGACCUCCCAAGUAUCACAAGCUUGGAUCCAUUCCAGUUAUAAUGAACAGUAUCUAAAAAACGAUGUCGCUAUUUUAAGAUUAGCCUCACCUAUUCUUAUUAACAACAACGCUGCUCCAAUUUGUUUACCUGCGGCAGGAAGUAGCUACGUCGGAUCACAAACUUCGGCUUGUAUCGUAUCUGGAUGGGGUCAGACAAGUUUUUCUACGGACGAUGCACCAACUCAAACACUUAAGCAAGUCCAUGUUCCUAUAGUGACAAACACACAAUGUCAAACUUCAUAUACCUCAGUUCUUGGAGCCACUAAUGCAGCCGCCUAUUUAGAUUUUCCAAAUGAAAUUUGCGCUGGAGGACAGGCCCAAUUAGAUGCAUGCACACAAGAUGGUGGUUCUCCUCUGGUCUGCUACUCUUCACAAACCACGUUCAGUUUAGUAGGUUUGGUCCUUUGGGGAAAAAACUGUGGACAAGCUGGAAGAUACGGAGUAUAUCUUAAUGUGCCAAAUUACAUUACUUGGAUUCAGUGCAUGACACAAUGUCUAGAUCAAGGGUCUUCAAAUUGUGCUAGUUGUCAAGCUUAUAAGCGUUUUUAAUUUUUUGCCUAGGUAUUUUAAAGUAUUUAUUGAAAUGUAAAUAAAGCCUAAUUUAACAAUA